AUGCCAGGCAAACAGUCUGACGAAGAGCUGACAGAGGUGGAGGCUGGGGAGGAUGGAGGUGAAGAGGGUCUGGGGGGCCUGACCGCAGAGGAACUCCGACAGGGCCAGGAGACUGCCCUGGCGCUGGAGGACAUGAUGGCACUGAGUGCCCAGACCCUGGUCCGAGCUGAGGUGGACGAGCUCUACCAGCAAGUGCGUCCCCUGGGCCAGGGCCGCUUCGGCUGUGUCCUGCUGGUCACCCAUCGACAGAAAGGCACGCCACUAGCACUGAAGCAGCUCCCCAAGACCUCCACAUCCUUGCGGGGGUUUCUAUAUGAGUUCUGCGUGGGGCUCUCACUGGGUGUGCAUUCCGCCAUCGUGACGGCCUAUGGUAUCGGCCUUGAGUCAGCCAACUCCUACAGCUUCCUGACAGAGCCCAUUCUGCAUGGGGACCUCAUGGCCUUCAUCCAACCCAAGGUGGGCCUCCCACACUCUGCAGCCCAGCGCUGUGCAGCCCAGCUGGCCUCCGCCCUGGAGCACAUCCACUCCCUGGGUCUGGUGUACCGGGAUGUCAAGCCAGAGAAUGUGCUUGUGUGUGACCCUGAUUGCCAGCACUUCAAGCUGACUGACUUCGGACACACGCGGCCCCGUGGGACCCUGCUCCGCCUGGCUGGACCACCCAUCCCCUACACAGCCCCUGAGCUCUGUGCACCCCCGCCGCUGCCUGAGGGCCUGCCCAUUCAGCCCGCCCUGGACGCCUGGGCCCUGGGAGUCCUGGUCUUCUGCCUACUCACUGGCUACUUCCCCUGGGACCAGCCCCUGGCUGAGGCUGACCCCUUCUAUGAGGACUUCCUCAUCUGGCAGGCCUCAGGCCAGCCCCAGGACCGACCGCAGCCCUGGUUUGGACUGACACCUGAGGCAGACACUCUUCUGUGGGGGCUGUUGGACCCUCAUCCCCGAAGAAGGAGUCCUGUGAGCGCCAUCAGGGGCCACCUAGGUCUCCCCUGGAGGCAGCAGGAGGGGGAGGCUGGGGAGGAAGCAGGUCCCAUGUCCUGA